UGAAUUAGUGAGCAAUGGUUUGACGUUUUAAGGAUUGGCUCAAUGUUUAUGAUAUGAGAGUUAUAUUUACAUUGAAUUGUGUCAACAAUUUUGUUAUGUUUUGGUGACCAAUGAUGACCAUUGAUGAUGAUGUCUAUGUCAACAUUGAUGACAAUUGAAGAGUGAUGAUCUGAUUGUGUUGUGGAUCAGUUGUCACCCGCACGACAUCAAGACAUGAAUAAUAGCAGUGACUUCAGGCUGUGUUCACUACAUAUGACUCGUUUGACAUUAUGUAAGCCCUUGGGAUCAGAUGUGGCAACUGUUAUGAUAGCCGUCAAACUGCAGAGCUCUAAGCGAACCCUACGAUCAAAUGAAAUAACAGUUCCGGUCAUUGGCGACUCGGGUACCGGUACUGUCCAGUUGGACCUAACUUUUUCAUUACAAUACACUCAUUUCUUGAAGCGUAGCGGAAAUCAGUUGCAAAUAAUGAUUCAAAGACGCAAACGAUAUAAACACAGAGCUAUUCUCGGCUUUAAGACACUAGCCUUUGGUGUCAUUAAUAUGGCAGAAGUAUUACAGAGAUCAACAAACUCGGAGGAGUUGGAACUGAUAGCCAACACCAAAGAGUUGGGCAAAAAUGCAACGAUUGCUCGUAUUUUAAUAUCGUCGCUAAAGAGUCAACCCAUAGAUCAAGAGUGCAAUCCUAAUAGUCAUCGCGUAAGAGUCCCGUUAGACAGUUCAGCUGAUGUCGACUCAGACGAUGAAGACUUCUCGUCCGGCGAAGAGGGCAGUGAUAGUGAAGAGCCGUCGCCAUCGGCCGGAGCACAUAAUACGACUCUUAGUACUCGAGAGCGCGUCAAUGAAUGGCGCCGUCAGGUGAAUAGGAAAAAUCGUAUGCUAUUUGCCGCUCGACAUACUGUCGGAUCUGAUACCAGCGCACAACGCAAUGACCGCAAUUUGAAGCAAAAAUUUAUAUCUCUGCUGAAGAAGUUUCGGUUACCCGACUCGGAAGCAUUCGAUAGUGAAGAGCAAUAUCAGGCGGCCAUUGAACAGCAACUUAUGGCUUCCGGUGAACUUCAGAACUCCAAAGACAUCGACGAGUUUUUCGAAGAAGAGGACAUCGAUGACUUGAGUGAUAGCGAACAUGACUUCGAUGAUAUCAGCAUAACAUCGACACCCAAACCCAGUCUCAAACCAUUUUUCUCUUCGUGUACUCUCAUAGAACCAGAACCUGAACCAGAGGUAUUGAAUGGUGACUUCAAAAAGCGCAUUGAAUGCGACAGUCAAGAGAACUCAGGACCCGAACAAACAGCCGACAGAUCAGACAUGAGCUUAAAGACUGAGCACAAGUCCUCUAACUCGAAGAAAAUCUCGAAAAAGUGGUUUAAAAUUUAAAUUAAUAAACCGCUGACACAAUCAUUCAUUAUUAGCAUUACAUAACAUAUUGUAAAUUAUAUAUUGUAUUGUAAUUUAUUUCUUUAAAAAUAUAUGUCACCUGAGAAAUGAGUUUUUUGUUUUAUA